CCUCAGUUCAGCCUUCCCCCCCCACCCAACCACCACCUCCACCCCCUUCUUCCUCCCUCUUUCUCUGGCUCCCUCCCUCCCUCCCUCCCCACCAGCUCAUUCACUUGGCUUGCACGGUCCAGACGGCGCAGAGAGAACCGAGAGGCAGUCUGUGCGAAGAGACGGACAGAGAAGAGCCAGGGAGAGAGAGCGCCAGGGGCAUGCCAACUCCGAACUAAAUAUCUAGCCCUCGCACAUCCGGCUGCAGCCAGGGAUCCCCUGCCCGCCCGCACCCCGCGCCUCUCCUCGACGCCAGUGGAUUAAGGGGGCUCGGGGACCCGAUCGCCACAGAGACUCCCGGGGGUCCGGAUCUUGGCAGGGGGGUGCCGCUCCCGAUCCGUGAGCCAAAGAGAAAAAUAAGUUUGCGGCGAAAUCAGCCUGUCAUGGAAAGGAUCACCAGCGCCCAGCCCCCUCCCGCCUGCCUGGCCAAACUGCCAGGGCUAGAGCCCAGCGAGAUGGCAGGGAUGGAUUUUACUCAUAUGUACCAAGUGUACAAGCCGAGAAGGGGGUUAAAAAGGAGCGAGGAUAACAAGGAGACCUAUAAACUGCCACACCGACUGAUCGAGAAGAAAAGACGUGAUCGCAUUAAUGAGUGCAUCGCCCAGCUGAAAGAUCUCUUACCCGAACAUCUUAAACUUACAACUUUGGGUCAUUUGGAAAAGGCAGUGGUUCUUGAACUUACCUUGAAGCAUGUGAAAGCACUAACCAACCUAAUUGAGCAGCAGCAACAGAAAAUAAUUGCCUUACAGAACGGUCUACAAGCUGGUGAACUGUCGUCCAGAAACCUGGAAGCGGGUCAGGAAAUGUUCCGCUCUGGCUUCCAGACCUGUGCCAGGGAGGUGCUGCAGUACCUGGCGAAGCAUGAGAAUGGCCGAGAUCUGAAAUCUUCACCGCUCGUCAACCACCUCCACCGAAUGGUCUCUGAGGUCCUUCAGGGUGGGGCUGGCAGAAAGCCAGGAGAUUCUGGCACCAAAAUCAUGGACUGCAAAGAAAAGCCCAGUUCUCUGACGAAAGCCCCUGAAGGGCAUGCGAAAAACUGUGUGCCUGUCAUCCAAAGGACUUUUGCAAAUUCAAGUGGAGAGCAGAGCGGCAGCGAUACAGACACCGACAGCGGCUACGGCGGGGAAUCGGAGAAAAAUGACUCUAAAGUUGAUCAACCUUAUUUAAAACAUGAUAAUGAUCGUAAAUGUAGUACCGUGGGCGAAAGAAUAAACUCUAUCAAACAAGAAUCUGAAGAUCCGCCGGCUAAAAGGACCAGGAUGGAAAUAUCCGAAGACGAAGGCCAUUUCAGUAGUGAUCUGAUCGGAUCGCCGUUUCUGGGGCCUCACCCUCACCAGCCUCCAUUAUGCCUGCCUUUUUAUUUGAUUCCACCAUCUGCAACAGCCUAUCUGCCCAUGUUGGAGAAGUGCUGGUACCCCACCUCGGUGCCAGUGUUGUACCCAGGGCUCUCCACCUCCGCUGCAGCUCUCACAGGGUUGAUGAACCCAGAUAAAAUCUCUCCCCCGUUGCUGAUGCCCCAGAGACUCCCGUCUCCAUUGCCAAUGCAUUCCUCCAUCGACUCCUCAGCUCUGCUGCAAGCGCUGAAGCAUAUUCCGCCUUUAAACUUGGAAACCAAAGACUAAACACGAUGUGACCACCCUUCCCCCCACCCCCCACCGCCUUCUUAUUUGUUUCAAGUCGAGCAAGACUGUUUCAGUUUGUUUCUCCAAUAAACCGAAGUGUACAGUUUAGGGUUGGCGCGUGGGGUGUGUCUGUCUGUGCGUGUGCGUGUAUUUGUAGGAAAUGUAAGCCCUCUUUGUUCCAACUGCCAGAAAGCUUAGGAGAGACAUGAAGGAUGGAUCCAGUUUAGUCAUUUUAGAAGUUUCUAAAACUCCUCUGCUUAUCAUCCCCACCUAGAGUGCAGAAAGUGAGUAACUAUCAGAUGGAUUUUUCAAAAAGCAGGAAAUACUAUUGAGUUAGCCAGGGAUCUGUAGGAGGAAUAUGUGGAAUAUCCAGGAAUAUGGUACUUCUUACGAGGGCUUUCACAGUAUGGCUCCAUGCCCAAAGCUGUAGCUACUCCACCCAUCACACCCAUGCAGGGCUGUUCGAACAGUGGCAUUAAUUCCACUAAAGAGAUGCAGAGUAGCAGUCACUGGUAUUGCAUAGUAUUGGUUCAGGGAGAUUAAAGACGGGUUUCUCUCAUUCCUCUGCCUAAAUUUCAAGCAAAUGAAAAACAAAGAGGAUAGCUGCUGCUUAAGCUUUAUAGGGUGUAAAUUCAUUUGAGGAACUGAAAUGGGGCCCCGCAUGCAAGCUGGACUGCUGAGGAGGGGGGAAGGGUGAUCCUUAGAGCUUCAUGCUCCUCUUCUAUGCUUCAUUCUAGCCCUCUGUUACUCCAGCUGCACAGGUGUCCCGAGCCCAGAACAGCUGAAAAGCCCAGCUUUUCCACUUGCGAAGCAUAUAAAUUCACAAAUCAAAGUAGUGAGCUGCUGCUAAUUUAAGCAAAGUUGGACAUGGUUUCAUUUUUUUCUAAAAUGCCUAUUAACCAAUCUUAGCUCCCCAAGGCCUGUUCAUCCUAGCAAAACAAGAUUGUUUCUGCAGUGAUAAUUGUCAUGUCCAAUGGCUUAAAGAGACUAUCUUAACUACAAAGAGCAUUUUAUCUCCUUAUUUUUCAAAGAUAUUGUGUCCAGAGUAAUUGUUUUCUGAAUUGUUCAUCUACCACUGCACCAGCUAUUGAGAUGCACUAUGCUUGAUUGCAGAUUGUGUUUUAACUUCUUUUUUGGUAUAAAGUUGUUGCCUUUAUUUGUAAAACUGUUAUAAAUAUAUAUUAUAUAUAUAAAUAUAUUAAAAAGUAAAAUGUUUCAGAUGUUUAUUUGUAUAAUAACUUGAUCCAAAAAGUGAGAACUAUGAAUGUAUUCCUGUUUUUGAAGAGAAUAAUUUUCUCUAGGGAGAGGUACAGUGUUUAUAUUUUGGAACCUUACUGAAGGAGGAAAAUUGUACAUAUUUUUAUCUAUGAGUCAAUGUUAAGUAGUCGUUUUAAAAUACUUAAUAAAAAUCAUCCUUUUCCUGUGGAA